GAAAUUAAGAAAAGUCGUGCCCCUCUUUGUUGCUGUUGGUUGCAGCAGCCAUCACUUUCUCUCUCUUCUAGAUAGAUAGAUAUAGCACGGCGUCUCUUGGUGGCAGCAGCGACAAAAGAAGGCAGUUUUCAGCUUUACACACGGAAGCUCCCUCUCCCGUUCGGAUUGUGUGGAGAGUGUAGGUGUAUCUAUCCAUCACUGCGCAUCCGUCAAGAACCGAACCCGCUCGCCACUUUGGCUCCGUAAAAACCACAACUUUCUUUCCCCCCAAAAAAGGUACAUUUCUCUACAGCUUAGAAGAUGAGCUCCAGCGAGACCCGUGCGGAGCGGCUGCGUCGCGUCAACCGCCAUAAGGCGUUGCAGGCCGAACUCGCACGCCAAAAAGAGGAGGAGAACUUUGCUGCGAUGCGGGAUCGCAAGGUGCGCACGGCCGCUGCGGAUGAGGCCCUCGCCGCGGAGUUGGCAGAGCAGCAGCGGCUGGAGUUGAAGGACAAGAAGAUGCUUCAGCUCGCCAGUGAGUUCCCGGAGGUGCGUGCACUGCAAGACGAGUUGAACCACGCGUACCUGCGUAAAGGACGUGCCGAGCAGGUCACGGACCGCAGCGCCGCCAUCGCGGAGGCGGCCGCCGAGCAGAAGCGCUAUCUCGACUACGUAGCUGAGGAAGACCGACGCGCGAAGGAGGAGGAGGAGAAGAAGAAAAUGGAGGAGAUGGAGCGCUUCCAGCGGCACCAAGAGGCGCAGUUAGAGCUCAUCCGCCAACACCGCGAGGCCGCCCUUCAGAAAGCGAAGCAGCGGGAGCAGGAGCGCAUCGCGGUGGACGCGGUGGUGGCCCGGGUGCAGGAGCAGGACUUUCUCGACUCCCUCGCCCGCCGCGACAAGCAGCGCAGGAUGAUGCAGGAGCAGGACGAGUUUGUGCGCCUGCGCCAAGCCAUCAAGAAGGCGGAGCAGGACCGGGAGGCGAAGGAGGAGGCCGCCAUUCGCGCCUACCUCGAUGAGCAGUCCCGUAGGCGCGAGAUGAGCGACAAGAUGUCACGUGAGCGCGAUGCCGUCAAGGCGCGUAUCCUCGAAGAGCAGGGCCGGCGCAUCGCCGAGGAGGAGCGCAAGAAGAUCGAGCUCGAGACGCUGCUUCAGGAGUACUACGAGGAGGAGCGGCUGGUGAAGGAACAAACGCUGCGACAGGCAGAGCAGGCGAGCCGCGACCGCAUGGCCGCUGCCAUCACCCGCGAGAACCAGCAGCUCAUCGAGCAGCGCCGCCUGGCGAGGGAGGCCGAGGCAGCAGAGGAGCUGCGCUUCCGUCAGCAGGCGAUGGAGCAGCUGGCCGCCGAGGCAAAACUGGAGCAGUACAACAAGCAGAAGCAGGCGCAACUCAAGCAGCAGAUGAUUGCCGAGGUGCAGCAGCGGAUGGAGGAGCGCCAGCGCUUGAAGGAGAAGGAAAAGGAGCUGGAGCGGCAGGUCGAUGCGCAGGCGAGGAAGAGGGAGGAGGAGAUUCAGGAGUACAUCCGCCGCGCUCGUGCGCAGCUGUUGGCGGAGCACCUGCCAAAGCUCGGCUCGUACGCCCCGGUACGUGCGCUUCGCGAGGAGGAGAAGGCACGGUUCUUCCCGCAGAUGAAGCAGGCCAGCCCUCAUCCGUAG